ACGCACAAACAAUAUCUAGACUUAAAUGGUUGACUUGUUUAUAUGAACUUGACCCUUUACACUACUAUAUAAUCAAACACACAACACUACAAAGCUAAUAUUCUAUCCUAGCUAAAUCUAAUACAACCUCUUGUGAAGAAAAAAUUUGAAGGAGAAAGAAAUGGUGCUAGGUAAUGAAGUUGUUGGUGCAACCCAUGACCACCUAGAAGGAAAGGAAAUAACAGUGAGUAAUGUGUUAGUGGAGAGCAAUACUAAUGUUGAUGAUCUCGUUGAUCUGACAGCUACUGCUAUUGCCGUAGAGAAUAAGUUAUCAUCAUCAACUGUUGUUGCUGAUGAUGAUGAGAAGAAGCCAACAACCGUCCUAAUCGUGGAAGAUCAAAAAUUUGCUCGAAUGGUUCACAACUCCUUGGCUAGGGGUUUAGGUAUGGAAACUCAUGAAGCUGUUAAUGGAAAGAUGGCUGUUGAUCUACAUCGUUCUGGAGCUUCUUUUGAUCUUAUUCUCAUGGACAGGGAAAUGCCCAUCAUGGACGGUGCAAAGGCAACGGAGGAAUUGCGAGCAAUGGGAGUGGAGAGCAUGAUUGUGGGAGUGACUGCGAGUGAUCAUGAACAAAUACAAGCAUUCCUUAAGGCUGGUCUUGAUCACUGCGUUGUUAAGCCCUUGACUCGUGACAUGUUGGUCUCUAUCAUGCAGCUCUUCAACGAGACUAAGCUUCAGAAGAAGGAGAAGGAUGCGCCUACUCACAACAAUUAGGUGGUGGGGGAAUGGGGAUGUGUCGUCUUUAAGUAUAUAUCACAAUAAUAAUAAUAAUAAUAAUAUAUAGCUAAUAAAUAAAACUAUAUGUAUAUGGACAUAAGUCAUUGUAUACAUAUAUAUAUGUACUGGUUUUGUUAUAAUAUUAUCGAUGAUGUGAUAAUAUGUAACUUUUUUUAAUUUUAAUGUUCAGUCUACAUAA